AUGACCUCCCCCGCCGAACAAGCACGGGCUCUGAACCCCGCAGCCGUCCACGCCGCCUACUCACUCAUCCAACCGCACAUCCAUCGAACUCCCCUAUUAACAUGUACAACACUCGACACGAUCGCUUCGACUCCACAAACCCUCGAGGCACUGGUAGGGACUCCGUAUGAGGGCCAGACCCCAGCACGGCCCCGAUUCCGAUUAUUCUUCAAAUGUGAGAAUUUCCAACGGAUCGGAGCAUUCAAGGCACGGGGCGCGUUCCAUGCGCUGCUGCGAUUGAUUGAGGAACGAGGCGAGGAGGAGGUCAGACGGCGAGGAGUGAUUACACAUAGUUCAGGUAAUCACGCUCAAGCACUUGCUCUGGCCGCCUCAACACUCCAUGUCCCCGCGUACAUCGUGAUGCCUCGCAUCAGUACUCCGUCGAAAAUCGCAGGAACCCGCUCACACGGUGCAGAAGUCAUCUUCAGUGGUUCCACGAGUGUUGAGCGCGAGGCAGUUGUUGCGGAGAUCCAGGCAAAGACAAACGCAAUUCUGGUCCCUCCGUACGAUCAUUUCGAUAUCAUUUGUGGCCAGGGAACGACCGCGCUGGAAUUGGAAGAGCAGCACGCUCAACAGACGGGAUCAAACACUUUGCAUGCGGUCAUUACACCGGUUGGCGGUGGCGGAUUAAAUGCAGGCGUGGCGACAUACUUUUCAGACAAACCCCAGACGAGAGUCUUUGGGGCGGAGCCAAGCUUUGAAGGCGCGGAUGACUGUCGUCGGGGUUUAUCAGCCGGCAGGCGAAUCGAAGCCGUGUCCACGCUCACCAUUGGCGAUGGACUGCGCACCCCAGUCGGGUUGUUGAACUGGGAGGUGAUUUCGAACAAAGACAAAGUUGCCGGGGUAUAUGCCGUGACGGAAGAGCAGAUCAAGGCCACGAUGCGACUGGUCUUGGAACGCAUGAAGGUCUUUGUCGAACCCAGUGCCGUAGUGGGCUUAGCCGUGUGUCUCUUCGAUGAAGACUUCCGUCGAAUCGUUGAACAAGAAGGCGGUGACGUGGGAUGGGACGUGGCGGUGGUAUUCAGCGGGGGCAACACUACCGUCGAGGCCAUCGCUAAGUUGUUUGGUUAA